AUGCGUGUUAUGUACGUGGGCACAAAUGUGCGUGCAAGAAGGUCUGUGUGCGCAUGCGUGCACACGCGCGUGUGCAAGUAUCCGUGCAUAUGUGCAUCCAUCUAUGCGCAACCCUGGAAGGUGCAGCGACCGGAGCCGAGCUGCAAGCCCAAGAGCGAGUACCAGCCCUCGGAUACACCCUUCGAGAAGGAGACGCAGUACCAGAAGGAUUUCCGCGCCUGGCCCAUCCCCAAGCGGGGCGACCAUCCCUGGAUCCCCAAACCGGGACCUUCCCCCGUCCUCGCCCCGGACCGCGGUUCCCCGGAGAAACCGGCUCAGGAGAAGCGGCGGAAGGUGCUCCCCGGUCCCGAGAAGAAGGAGGAAGACCCCGAGGUGGAGGAUGAGCAUCCCAAAGCGGUGCGAGCCGGGGACGGGAGAGAGAAGGGUCGGAAGAAGGCGGAGGAGGCGGGCGGAAACGAGUUCAGACCCUGGGUAGAUGUCAAGCCUGUGAAAGCUAUAAAAGCAAAGGCCCAGUACAAGCCGCCAGAGGAGAAAAUGACCCACGAAACCAGUUACAGCGCUCAAUUCAAGGGGGAAACCAGUAAGCCAGCUCCAGCCGAUAACAAAUUCCUGGAGCGCAGAAGGAUACGCACUCUCUACAGCGAACCCUACAAAGAACCGCCAAAGGUGGAAAAGCCUAGCGUAAAGCCUUCCAAACCAAAAAAGACCACAACAAGCCAUAAACCCCUGAAAAAGGCCAAAGACAAGCAGAUUGCAUCUGGCCGGGCUGCCAAGAAAAAGAGCGCCGAGACCUCCAACACAGCAAAGCCAGAGGACAAGGAGAAAAGUAAAGAGAUGAACAAUAAACUGGCUGAGGCAAAAGAGACCCCUGACAAAAACACUGGUGCUACAGACCAAGAACCAAGUACCUUAGUGCAGGACCAACGCACAUGAAGUCGAGCACUUUCUUCUGAGCGGCGAUUGGAGCAAACAUAUAGUCUGCAUGAAAUGUGUAUCGUCUGGCUGGCAUACAAUAAAGCUGAUGA